AUGUCUCUCUCCACAGAAAUCACUCUCCCUAACGGGAUCAAAUAUGAGCAGCCCCAAGGCUUGUUCAUCAACAAUGAAUUCGUCAAAGGUGUCGACGGCAAGACCUUCGAGACCAUCAACCCCCACGACGAAAAGCCCAUCACCUUCGUUCACGAAGCUACCGAGAAGGAUGUCGACAUCGCCGUCAAGGCUGCUCGCGACGCCCUUAGCGGCCCCUGGAAGCACAUUGCCACCACCGAGAGAGGCCGCUUACUGACCAAGCUGGCUGAUCUCUUCGAAGAGAACUCGGACAUUCUCGCCGGCAUCGAGUCUCUAGAUAACGGCAAGGCAACACAAUUCGCCAAGGGCGACGUUCAGGCUUCUGCAUACUGCCUCCGAUACUACGGUGGCUGGGCUGAUAAGAUUGUUGGCCAGACCAUUGACACAGACUCCCAGAGCUUCAACUAUACCAUCCAUGAACCCGUUGGUGUCUGUGGUCAGAUCAUCCCCUGGAACUUCCCUCUGUUGAUGUGGGCAUGGAAGAUUGGUCCUGCUGUUGCUACUGGUAACACCGUAGUUCUUAAGACUGCCGAACAGACCCCUCUCUCUGCCCUGUAUGCUGCCACCCUCAUCAAGAAGGCCGGGUUCCCUCCUGGUGUCGUCAACAUCAUUUCCGGCUUUGGUCGUGUUGCUGGUGCUGCCAUCUCCUCACACAUGGAUAUUGACAAGGUUGCCUUCACUGGUUCCACCUUGGUUGGACGCCAGGUCUUGCAGGCUGCGGCCAAGAGCAACCUUAAGAAAGUCACUCUCGAGCUUGGUGGCAAGUCCCCCAAUAUUGUCUUCCCUGACGCCGAUCUAGAGAACGCCAUCUCCUGGAUCAACUUCGGUAUCUACUUCAAUCACGGUCAGUGCUGCUGUGCUGGAUCUCGUGUCCUCGUCCACGAGGCUAUCUACGACAAGUUCUUGGAAGCGUUUAAGGCUCGCGCUCAACAGAACAAGGUCGGCAACCCCUUCGAGCAGGGCACAUACCAAGGACCCCAGAUCUCCCAACUUCAAUUCGACCGUAUCAUGGGAUACAUUGACGAGGGUAAGAAGGCCGGCGCCAAGGUCGUUACCGGUGGUGAGCGACAAGGUGACCAGGGUUACUACAUCAAGCCUACCAUCUUCGCCGACGUCACCAACGAUAUGAAGAUUGUCCAAGAAGAGAUUUUCGGCCCUGUCUGCACUGUCCAGAAAUUCAAGGACGAGGAGGAAGCCAUCAAGCUUGCCAACGACACCAGCUACGGUUUGGCCGCUGGUAUUCACACCAACGACCUCAAUACUUCCAUCCGUGUUUCGAACGCGCUCAAGGCCGGCACAGUCUGGGUUAACCAGUACAACACUAUUCACCACCAGACUCCAUUCGGUGGAUACAAGGAAUCCGGUCUUGGCCGUGAGCUUGGAUCCUAUGCCCUCGAUAACUAUACCCAGAUCAAGACUGUGCGCAUUCACCUUGGUGAUGCUCUCUUUGGCUAAGUGUCUGCCAAUUGUAAUGAAUAGUCUGCUGUUAGUCAUGAUGAAAAUGUAUUAUCCAUGAUUCGUCUUUCCCGAGAAUUUCAUUAGUUAAUCGCUUUCCCGAGCAAAUCCAU